GUCUUUUUUGAGUGGGCGGAGCUUCAGAGCGAGGAAGCGAUGCGGGCGGAAGCGAGAAGCUAAAGCGCAAAUAACCGAGAAGAAAUCGUGAAAAUCAGCGAGAAGAACCGUUAAAUGUGCGCCGCUUCUUACAGACAACACAGAAUCCUCACGGUAAAGCAUUCGAAUUAAAGCCAGCAGGGUUUCGUUUGUCCUGCGUCUUCGGAGGAAGCCGUCCGCCCCUGCUGGUAGAUGGAGAAGCAGGCCGGAGCCGCCGGGGCGGCGGACGGGGCAGCGCCCGGCCGGAAGCCCUGGAGCUCCGCGACCAACGGACCAACCGCCGGUGAAAACCCGGACAGUCCAACAGGUUCUCACGUGGAGUGGUGUAAACAGCUGAUAGCAGCAACCAUCUCCAGUCAGAUUUCUGGCUCAGUCCCGUCUGACAUUGGGAACCGGGACAGCAAGGAUUCAGAGGAUACAUGUGAAGGGCUUUGUUACCACGGAGAAAGUGAUUCUGAGCAUCCUUCCAGUGCUUUGAACCUUGCUGUACGAAAGUAUGGGAUGCAGGCCCGCAUGUCCCCGAACCAGGUGCCUCUGCUGCCAGGUGAAAACAUCCAGACUACAGUGAAGGAUGUGAUGUACGUCUGUCCAUUCAGCGGUCUGGUAACCGGAACGUUAACCAUCACAGACUACAAGCUCUACUUCAACGGUUUAGACCGGGAGUCUCCAUUUAGUCUGGAUGUGAAUUUGGGAGUUAUCAGUCGACUGGAGCGCUUCAUCAUCCCAACCCGAGGAGAGAACACCAAAGGACUGGAGUUAGUCUGCAAGGACAUGAGGAGUCUGAGAUUUGCUUAUAAAAAAGAAGAAAGUAAUCCCGAUGUGGUGGAGGUGUUGGCCAAGCACGCGUUUCCUCUCUCCUCCGGCCUGGCAUUGCUUUUGCAAAUUUCCCGACAGACGCUGUUUGCUUUUCUGUACAAAGAGCGUUUUCCUGUGGAUGGCUGGAAGGUGUACAACCCGAUGGCUGAGUACAAACGUCAGGGUCUCCCAAAUGAGAGUUGGACCAUCAGUAAAAUCAACAGUGCCUAUGAGCUGUGCGACACGUAUCCCUCCAUUGUGGUCAUCCCCGCCAAUAUCACGGACGAUGACAUCAAGCGAGUGGCUGUGUUCAGAGCAAAGCACCGCAUACCGUUGUUGUCCUGGAUCCACCCAGAGUCUCAGGCCACCAUCAUACGUUGUAGCCAGCCAUUAGUUGGCCCCUCAGACCGCCGCUGUAAAGAGGACGAGCGCUUCCUCCAAAUCAUCAUGGACGCCAACGCCCAAUCUCACAAGCUCACCAUCUUCGAUGCCCGGCACAGUAGUGUGGCAGACACAAACAAGGCCAAAGACGGUGGUUAUGAAAGUGAAAAUUUCUACACCAAUGUGGAGUUGAACUUCCUAGAAAUCCCCAACAUCCACGUGAUGCGGGAGUCUCUGAGGAAAAUGAAGGAGGUGGUUUAUCCGACUAUAGACGAAGCCCACUGGCACUCGGCCAUAGACCAGACCCACUGGCUGGAGUACAUCCGGCUGCUGCUAGCUGGAGCGGUAAAGAUUGCUGAUAAGUUGGAGUCUGGGAAAACAUCGGUGGUGGUCCACUGCAGUGACGGCUGGGACCGAACGGCCCAGCUGACCUCUCUGGCCAUGCUGAUGCUGGACAGCUACUACCGGACUCUCUGUGGAUUCCAGGUUCUGGUGGAGAAGGAGUGGAUUAGCUUCGGACACAAGUUUGCUGCUCGUGUGGGUCACGGUGAAGAGAACCACUCCAACGCCGAGCGCUCACCUCUGUUUGUCCAGUUCAUCGACUGCGUCUGGCAGAUGACUCGGCAGUUUCCAUCAGCCUUCGAGUUCAAUGAGCUGUUCCUGAUCACGGUGCUGGAUCACCUCUACAGCUGUCUGUUUGGGACGUUCCUCUAUAACAGCGAGCAGGAGAGAACAGCCAAAGGAGUGCAGUCCAAAACCAUCUCCCUGUGGUCCUACAUUAACAGCCAGCCUGAAGACUUCACCAAUCCGUUCUUUGUCGACUACAAGCACCACAUCCUGUAUCCAGUAGUUUCCUCCAGACAUCUGGAGGUCUGGACAAGCUACUACGCACGCUGGAACCCUCGCAUGAGGCCGCAGAUACCGGUGCACCAGACACUGAAGGAGCUCCUCUUCCUUCGGGCAGAACUCCAGAGGAACGUGGAGGACCUGCAGAGGGAAGCCUCCGCCCAUUCCCUGUCAUCCUCACCGGAGAACUCGCCGUCCCCAACACAUGCCACAGGAACUCCGCUCCACACUGUCGUGUGACGCAAAUACAGACCCGCUGUGCCCCCCGCAGGAGGUCCACUCACAUCACAUAGAUGUACUUUAUGUUUACAGUGAGGGAGUUUUGUAAAGAGAUUCUUGUAUUUAUAUUAAUAUUCUUAAAUUUAUGUAAAAAUGUAUUUAGGGAAAAUUAUGUUCUAAAUAUGGAAACAUGCAAACUGAAGAGUAUUAGAAAUACUUUGGGUGGUAAACAUUCGGAAUCACCUUAUUACAAUGUCUGUACUCUUCCUACGUCUUGUACCCAACAGAAGGGCGGAGCUUAUGUGAUCACCUGUCUGUUCAUCUGUGCACAUGAGAGCUGAGUGGGUGGAUUUUCAGUACAUUUUGUGUAGAGGUGGUUCUUUUAUCUCCUUUUUUUUCGCAUUCCCAGAACUGGCCUUAUGACAUCACAAAGAUCUGUAUUUUCUGAAAAAAACAAAAAAAGCAUAUACACCCAAGACUAAAACCCUUGCUGUGGGUUAGCAGCGUGUAAUUUUUGCAAUAACCAUAUUAUUGUUUAAGCUUUAGAUUUAAUUGAAAUUACCAAAAGACCAGAGAAAAAGUGGAAAAUAUCAGUAAAACUAUUUCUUGCCAAAGGAAUUCUUGAGCUCAGUCCAAAAUAGUGCCACCUCAUGGAUAAAUCAUGUCAUUAGUCUCACGGUCACAGUCAUCACAUUAUUUUUGGAGGCUGCUCUUGUUUUCAUUACUUAAAUUUAUUUAAUUUCAAGAUUCAGAGAAGUUCAGAAAAGCAACAUAUUAUUCUAUAUCGUCUAAACUAACAGUUCGACUAAUCCCUAAAAUUUGGAACGUACAGUUUACCUGCUAAUGUGAUGAAUUAUCAAGUGAACAAAGUUAUUUGACUUUUCAUAACUGUAAUUAGAACAUUCAACAAAUUAUUAACAUAAAAAAGACCAAAUGCUUGAAACACAAAAUUUUAAAGAUCAUGAAAAUGACAAAUUGAGUUUUAUCAUAUUUUUAAAAGUAUUAUUUUUGAUUAUUCACAUUGUAUAUAAAAAAAGUAAUUUCAGCUUUUGUUCAGUCUUGACGGUGACCUGAGGCGCCUCCCAGUGGUCAGAAGCUAUAACAGCCCUCUGAAUUUCAGGAUGUACAAAUUUAAUUUAAAAAAA